AAUUGAGCAUACAUGGAGCAUUGAUGUCAUCUGUGGGUGGGGUUCAAAAAGCAUUUCUGUCUGAUUAAAUCUGUGAAGUGUGCGAAGACAAGAUGGCGUGUCUCUCAAGUCCGGUAUAAGCGCCUGAAGCUGAGCAAGAGGGACACACAGACAGACAAGAAGAAUUGUCUGUUCACACACACACUCUCCAAUAUCUUCUUCAAAGAUUCAAAGAGGAAAAAGACACCCAAUAAAUAAAGCUGCACUUCUCCGUUCCUGUCCUCUCCGGUUUGGCCGCUUCUCCCUCAGCUGGCUAAAAGGGGGGAGAAAGGGAAGAGGCUUUUAUAAGAUGAACAGUGAUCAACACAUGGAGAUGCAUUACAUAAAUACAAGUUUUCCUUAUUGUGUUCCAGAGAACUCCACAUACUACUUUGAUGGUUCUCAGGCCUAUUUGCAUUACCCAAAUUCUCAGCAAGUUCAUAAUGAGGAAACUACUUACUGGACCAUGAAUAUGAAUUGGUACAAAUUUGGAUUUUCUGGAAUGGAAAGUUCCUAUUACAACCCUUACGAGAGUAGUAACCAUUUAUCAACGAUGGGUCUCACUGAGCAGCAGGAUUUGAACUACCAUGUCAUGACGAAUGCUCAAGAACCUUUAGUGGACAUAGUAGAGUCAGCAUCAGAUGACAAUGCAGCCCCAAGUUUAGAUGCUAACCCCGAAGAUAUAGGCAGUCCAGCACAGCAAGAUGGCUCUAAUGAUCAGGUCAUUUUGGAAGAUGAUAUUGAUCCUGACAACAUGACAUAUGAGGAGCUGCUGGAUUUAGGCGAGACAGUUGGAACGCAAAGUCGAGGUCUUCCCAAAGAACUGAUCGAUCUCCUUCCAACCUCUAAAUACAAGUGCAGUUGGAUUUUCUCCAAAAAACGAUGUGGGGAGAGAUGUGUCAUCUGUCAAAUGAAGUAUAAACGAGGAGACCGACAAAUGAACUUGCCAUGCAAACAUGUGUACCAUUCUGAUUGUGUCUCCAAGUGGCUGGGCAUUAACAAGACAUGCCCUGUUUGCAAUGCUGAGGUUUCUAUUGAUGACCAAACUCGCCGUUGAAGCAGAGAGAAUUCAAAAUUAGAGUGAUGAAAAUGCAAAGUGACCCAGUGCAUUAUAGGAAAAGACAUGCUAAACGGAGGAGUAUGCAUUGAUGAAAUGAAACAAGGCAUGGAAGUACUAUUAGGACAGCCAAAGUAGAGCAUUAAUACUAGUGUUUAUUGUUGCAAUAGUUUUAUGUCUCCUUUUAAAGGUUGGAUUGGUAUUUUUUGCUCUUUUUGCUUACAUAGUGCGGAGUAGUUAGUUUGUAGUAGUAGUGAUUUUUCCUUGAAAGUAAAUGCAUUUUAAAACAUGUGACCUGGGAAUGAAAAUCUUGUAGAGCAGUGUUGAAGUAUUUAUUCAAGAUCUCUUUCUUUUUCCCAAGACUCAAAUGACAUCACAGCGAAAUUGCAUUG